AUGGCUGCCAACGACGAGCUCGAGCGCUUUCGGGAAGAGUGGAGACAGGAGAUCAGAGAGAGGGCUGGUGCCGAACCAUCGUCGUCCUCUCCUGCCUCUUCUCCCCCACGCCCACGCACACGCCAGUCCCCUAUUGACAUUUACGCAGAGGCAGUCGAGCGAGAACAGCGUGGAGAGCUAGACGAAGCAUUGAGCCUAUAUCGACGCGCAUUCCGCCUCGAUCCCAACGUAGACCGUGCUUAUCACUACCGUAGCACGACCCAGGCUUUCGAAUCCCUCACUCUCGCUCCUGUCAAGCCGAGUACUAGUACCGAGCCAAAGCCAGAGCCAAUACACGUCGCUGCUACAUCUACACACUCUAUCCGCACCCUCAUAUCUGCCUUUCCACCCGCCAACGACCUCGCCUUUCUGCCCGAGGACGAACGCCAGCCAGUUCCCAUUGCCCGUGUACCCGACGAACUACUGCUGCAUACACUCAAGCUGCUCGAUAUCACUUCCAUCGAGAGGUUUGCUUUGGUAUGUCGUCGUGCACGCGUCUUGACUGUCGACCCCGAUUUGUGGAGGGACUUUGUCAUUUCCACCUAUCUCCCUCCACAAAUUCCGGACAAUGUUCCUCUUUCCGACUAUAUAACCCGCUUUGACUAUGAUAUGCGGAGGCUAUACAUCGAAGUUCCCAGAUUGCGUAUGGAUGGCGUAUACAUUGCUGUUUGCCACUAUGUUCGACGAGGCCAGAGCGAAAACCUAUGGGCAAACGUCGACCAUCUAGUCACCUACCACCGCUACCUCCGUUUCCUCCCAGACGGCCGCGUCCUCUCCCUCCUGGACCAAAACCUCGAACCACGCGAGGCCGUGCACAUCAUUACACCCGACUUGGUAACCAAGGGCUUUUUCAUCGGUACAUGGACCCUUCGGACUUCCAACGACAAGCACCACGUCUCGAUUUCCAACUUGACAGACCCGGCCGGCAAGUUUGAGCACUCGUUUAGGAUGGAGCUGACCUUGGGUAGUAAACCACUAGGAAGAUGGAACCGGCUCACGCUCGACUCUUACAUGUCCGUCAAUUCAGAAGGGACACCCUCGACGUUGCCAAUCCGGAACGAACGCCCGUUCUGGUUCUCCAAGGUCCGUAGUUGGGCAUGA